AUGAAAGCUUGGACUGACUGGGCAUGCUCUCGAGUGAUUUCCCCUGCUGAUGUUGGAGAUAUGCCUCCAGGUGAUCUAGCGUACUGGAUGGGGAAAUUUGUGUUUGAGGUUCGCAAACAGAAUGGCGAUGAGUAUCCACCGAAAUCUCUGUGUUGCUAUGGUUUGCUGCUUCAAAAGAUCGCUAUGAUAUCAGUUCAACUGACGAAAUAUUUGGACGUUUACAUGGAUCUGGAUCAAGCGGAACCGGAUGAAAAAGAAGCAAUGCUAUGGUCUAGUGGGCAAUUUGGUACACAUGAUGGCAAGGCCUUGCUUAACACUGUUUACUACUAUAAUUGCAAGAUUUUUGGUCUGCGUAGCUAUGACGAACAUCGCAAUCUGAAGCGUACAAUGAUGAAAAAGGUCGUGUUUAUCUCGAAUAUGUUGAUUUCGGAAACAAGUCGAAUAGGGGUGGAACUCAAACAUAUCAAAGUUGACAAUAAAAAGUUGUGA